AUGUUUCGUGUUCGUCAAAUUAUUUCAUCCAAAUUUGCAAAUCAUACUGAAAGAAUUCGUGCUAUUCGCACGUUUUCGACGAGCAUUCGUUCUUUGCAACCCGUUUCACCUGUAAAUUCUCUUAAUAUAAAACGUACAACACCAUUAUUUAUUAAUGGUGAUUUUGUGGAAUCAAAAACAGAUAAAUGGAUACCGUUAUAUAAUCCUGCAACAAAUGAUUUGACCUGGAGAAAAUCUUCUAUUCUUUCGCGGCAACGUAUUUUAUUAGACCUUCAGCUUUUGAUUCGAGAACACACUGACAAAAUUGCAAAAGCUAUCACUGAAGAGCAAGGAAAAACCUUCGCUGAUGCAAAGGGUGAUGUUUUACGAGGGAGACAAGUUGUUGAAACUGCUUGUGGUAUCACUAAUUUGCUUAUGGGUGAGCAAUUGACCGUUUCUACCGAUAUGGACACAUAUACUAUUCGAGAACCAUUGGGUGUUACUGCUGGAAUCUGUCCUUUUAACUUUCCCGCAAUGAUUCCGUUAUGGAUGUUUCCUUUAUCAAUUGCUGCGGGGAACACUAUGAUUCUUAAGCCUUCAGAACGUGAUCCCGGUGCUGCACUGAUCCUAGCUCAAUUGGCCAAAGAAGCUGGCGUACCAAAUGGAGUUCUCAAUAUUGUUCAUGGUUCUAUUGACACUGUAAACUUUUUAUGUGAUGAUGAACAUAUAAAAGCUAUCUCUUUUGUCGGAAGUGAUCGCGCUGGAAAAUAUAUUUAUAAGCGAGGGACUGCAAACGGCAAGCGAGUGCAGGCAAACUUAGGCGCGAAAAAUCACGGCGUUGUUAUGCCCGAUGCCAAUAAAAACUAUACGCUUAAUCAGCUUGCUGGCUCUGCAUUUGGUGCAGCUGGACAACGUUGCAUGGCGCUUUCUACUGUUGUGUUCGUCGGUAAGGCAAAAGAAUGGAUACCAGAACUUGUUGAUCGUGCACGUAAACUCAGGAUUUCGGGUGGGAUGGAACCUGAUGCGGACCUUGGACCUUUGAUCACAGGUCAAGCUAAAGAGCGCGUUGAAAACCUAAUCCAGAGUGGUGUUGAUCAAGGUGCAAAAUUGAUAUUAGAUGGACGCAAUCCAACAGUUCCGGAAAAGUACAAGAAUGGAAACUUUGUCGGACCAACUAUUUUGGCGGAUGUUAAACCUCAUAUGGAAUGUUACAAGGAGGAAAUAUUUGGUCCUGUUCUUGUUGCUUUAAAUGUCGAUACCCUUGAUGAUGCUGUUGAAUUGAUCAAUAAUAAUCCUUAUGGAAAUGGUACUGCUAUAUUUACAAGCAAUGGGAGCAAUGCACGUUAUUUUACAACAUCUAUUGAAGUUGGACAAAUUGGCGUAAAUGUUCCAAUUCCGGUUCCUUUACCAAUGUUUUCAUUUACCGGAAAUAAGGCUUCUAUUCAAGGAGAUAUAUCUAUAUGUAAAUUAGAUGGAAAAAGUGGGCUACAAUUUUACACACAAACAAAAACAGUAACCACUUUAUGGAGACAUGAAGACGUUGAUCAUACAAAAUCAGCUGUAACAAUGAAUUAG